AUGCCGCGCUCCGCCGCCCCCCCGGCACCGGGAGCGGGAGCGGGACCCGGCCCGGGACCGCCCCCGCCGCGGCCACGCCACGCACGGCCUGGGGCGGCUGCGCCGGCGCGGCGGGGCGGAGCGGGAGGCUGGAAGGGGCCGAUCCCGCCGGGUUUCCGGGAGUGGGCAGGCAUGGAGCCAGCGCCGGCAGGGCAGAAGGAGGGGGGCAGCCGCUUCCGCGCCAGCGAGCACCAGCACGCUCGUUACAACCCUUUGCGGGACGACUGGGUGCUGGUAUCGGCCCACCGGGUGAAACGCCCCUGGCAAGGGCAGCUGGAGAAGCCGCCCCCCGAGGACGUACCCCGCUGGGACCCCAAGAACCCCCUCUGUCCCGGGGCCACCCGGGCCAACGGCGAGGUGAACCCCCAGUACGAGGGCACUUUUGUCUUCCCAAAUGACUUCCCUGCGCUGCAGCCUGAUGCUCCAGAACCUGAUGACAGUGAUCACCCCUUGUUCCGAGCUGCCCCAGCCAGGGGUGUGUGCAAGGUGAUGUGCUUCCACCCCUGGUCAGACCUGACGCUGCCCCUCAUGUCCCUGGCAGAGAUCCGGACUGUCAUCGAUGCGUGGGCAGAGCUGGCGGCCGACCUGGGUGCUUCCUACCCCUGGGUGCAGAUCUUCGAGAACAAGGGAGCGAUGAUGGGCUGCUCCAACCCGCAUCCCCACUGUCAGGUGUGGGCCAGCAGCUUCCUCCCGAACGAGGCACGCCUGGAGGACCGGACCCAGCGUGAGCACCUGAGCCAGCAUGGUGUGCCCAUGCUGCUGGAGUACGCUGAGCAGGAGGCUCGCCGAAAGGAAAGGCUGGUGGUGGAGAAUGCGGACUGGCUGGUCGUGGUGCCGUACUGGGCCACCUGGCCCUAUCAGACCCUGCUGCUGCCCCGCCGACACGUCUGCCGCCUCCAGGACCUCAGAGAGGGCGAGAGGGACAGCCUGGCCUCCAUCAUGAAGAGGCUGCUCAUCAAGUAUGACAACCUCUUUGAAGUCUCCUUCCCCUACUCCAUGGGCUGGCAUGGAGCCCCCACGGGCCCCCACCUGGAGGAGGACUGCAGGCACUGGCAGCUCCACGCCCACUACUAUCCCCCACUGCUGCGCUCUGCCACUGUCCGCAAGUUCAUGGUGGGAUAUGAGAUGCUGGCGCAGGCACAGAGGGACCUCACCCCUGAGCAGGCAGCUGAGCGCCUGAGGAGCCUCCCUGAGGUGCACUACAAAGAAGGGAACAAGGAGAUGUGAUGGGGAACAGCGGAGCCGGUCCUCAUAUGUGGUGCUGUUCCUUGUCUCCUUCACCAUCCUGGCUCUGUCUGUGCCUCCACAGCGUGCUCCUACCACCACCAAAGGGGUUACACUCCUUACCAGUCCAGUCUCACUGGUGGGAUUGGGAGUUCUUCCUUCCCUGUGGAGGGACAUACUGGACAAUACCCUGACCCCGGACAAUAAAAUCUGGAAACAAAA